AGCAGAGCCAAGAUGGCGGCCAGCAGGAGGCUGAUGAAGGAGCUUGAAGAAAUCCGCAAAUGUGGAAUGAAAAACUUCCGUAAUAUCCAGGUUGAUGAAGCUAAUUUAUUGACCUGGCAAGGGCUUAUUGUUCCUGACAAUCCUCCAUAUGACAAAGGAGCCUUCAGAAUCGAAAUCAACUUUCCAGCAGAAUAUCCAUUCAAACCUCCUAAGAUUACAUUUAAAACAAAGAUCUAUCAUCCUAACAUCGAUGAAAAGGGGCAGGUUUGUCUGCCAGUAAUUAGUGCUGAAAACUGGAAGCCAGCAACCAAAACUGACCAAGUAAUCCAGUCCCUCAUAGCACUGGUGAAUGAUCCACAGCCUGAGCAUCCCCUGCGGGCUGACCUAGCUGAAGAAUACUCUAAGGACCGUAAAAAAUUCUGUAAGAAUGCUGAAGAGUUUACAAAGAAAUAUGGUGAAAAGCGACCAGUGGACUAAAAUCUGACACAGCUGAUGUCAGCAACGUAUGAUAGAAGAUCGGAGCAGUGCAUUUGAGACAUCCCGUAAAGCAGGACUCUAUGGAAAAUUGACAAGUGCCACCUUUUGGUGUUAACUUGUGGCUGUUACUAACUUUCUACAGUUUUCUUAAUCAAAAGUGGGCUAGGUAACCUGUAAAGGAAGAAUUAAAAACUUAAGAUGUUCUAGUUCUGCUUUCCUUGUUUAAAAAUCACUGCUUCAAUAUACUUUAAAGUAUGCUGUUUUCUUUUUUUGUCAGAAUUUAUCAAAAAUAUCUUAGACUUAUAUUCUGCCCUUAAAUUGAAAAGGUUGUGGCUGUCAUUUCUUUCUUUUCCUUGCAGUUACCACUAUCCUGAGUUCAUUUAAUUCAGCAUUGAAUUUUUGCCCCUCCUCAAACUGAUGUCUUAGAAAAAAUAUCCCACUUCUGGCAGAAAAUGAUUGAGUGUUUGGCAGUUUUGUUUACUCUUCUCCUUAAGCAUUGCACUGUGCUCUGUGGGACUUGCUGCAAGUUCCCCUUAACUUCAGUUUGUAAUGGAAUAAAAAACCCAACUACAAUCAGAAAGAA